UAUGUAAAUAUUAUUUUAUCACUCUCUUUGACACUUUUGCUAUUUCAUUUGUAUUUGAUGUAUAGUAUCAUAAAGUUAUAAAAAUGAAAGGGUUUAUAAUAAUUGUCUUCUUAUAUUCAAAGACUUUAGACGGAAGCAGUAUUUGUGAUAAUAUUACCUGUGGGCCAAACAGCGUAUGUUCCGUUUCAGCAAGCUCCCCAGGCUAUAAUUGUUCCUGUUAUGCUGGUUUUAUAUCUCCGAAUUGUACCGAUCGUGACGAAUGUUCUAUGGUAUCUAAUUUGUGUCAAAAUGGUACGUGCGUUAACAACCCAGGCUCGUAUUCCUGUGCAUGUAACACAGGAUAUACAGGUUUUCAUUGUGACAAACAGGCGGAUCCUUGCUUGUUGAAUCCAUGUGAAAAUGGGGGCACCUGUCAACCAGCGACUGACGGUACAUUCUUGUGCAAAUGUUUUGCUGGAUUCGAUUCAAACUACAAUUGUAGAGAUAUCAAUGAAUGUUCGAUAGCUUCUGGUACUUGUCAUAAUGGUACGUGCCAAAAUACUUUAGGUUCUUUUAAGUGUUUGUGUAAUGCCGGGUACCAAGGGGCGCACUGCACGCGAGAUACCAAUGAAUGUGACAAACAUCCGUGUAACAAUAACAGCGCAUGCGUGAACAAUGCAGGGUCGUAUAAAUGCAUGUGCUAUCCAGGAUAUGAUGGCUCAGAUUGUGUAGACAAAGAUGAAUGUUCUUUGUCAGCCAGUAUUUGUAACCAUGGAACGUGCGUGAAUACACCAGGUUCAUUUAAAUGUGUCUGUCAAAAUGGUUAUAGUAAUCCACGAUGCAAAGAUAUAAAUGAAUGCUUGAAUUCUCCAUGUAUCAAUGGCUUGUGUGUAAAUACAGAGGGAUCAUUUCAGUGUAAGUGCAACCAUGGUUUUCAAGGAAAACUUUGCGAAGAAAAAAUAAUAGUAACAUCCACAACUGUUUCAUCGACUUCUAUAAAAACAACUCACAAAGUAUCACUUUUACUGUCUUCAAUAUUUGCUUUUUCAUCAACACCUCCUUUUGAUGUCACAACUGCUACAACUAUAAAAACGUCAUUACUUAGGACUUCUUCAACCUCUUCCGUACCUUCGGUUACUUCAAAAGCAUUUUUACCAACAUCCGAUAUGCAUGCUUCAGUGACUAGUUCUUCAUCUAGCUCAUAUUCGACAUUGUCAAAAGUAUAUUCGCCUCAUUCUGUACAAAAAUCUGACAUAACAACUUCACCACUAGGAAAAAGUCAGGUUGCAGACAGAUGGAGGAAUAUACAAACAACCAGAAGUAGUAUUCCAUGGGCACAGAACCAUUGGUAUAUUUUUGUAUUGGUCGGUGUUGUAUUGAUAACAGGAAUAUUAGUAUCUCUGGUUGUGGUCAAGAAAAGACUGCGGAAGGCGUCUGGGUUUACUCGUCUUAACGGUUCACUCGAGGUAACAAGUUCUACGACAGUAAAACAAAUUCAGGCAGAGAAUCCGCUGUAUAUGGAGUUCCAUGGACAUGAAUCUGGAGCAUCAGAUCUUUAGAAAUAACUGUUUAAUACUUUGAUUUUAACUUCUGUUCGAAUAUAAAGGUCGGCGUCGGGAUUUUCAUGCUUAAAUUUUGUCUAGUUAACAGUUUGCAUGCAGGUUGCAUCUCAAUAAUAAAUGCAUGGAUUGGAUUCAUACAUGCAUUUCUAGAAUUAUACCAAUAAAAAUAUCUAAGUUCCGAGUCUACCCUCUGUAAAGUAAGAACAAUAACCUCUAGUACAUUUAACGUUUUUAUGACUCUAUUUUAUCUCCAUCAACUACAUCAAGUAUUCUUUGAAAUUCAGGUCUGAAUUAUGGUCACUCUUUGAGACACAUUUCUUUCCAAUUUGGUGAGGGUUUUUUUUUCUAGUCAUGUUGUUAAAUUAAUCACCCUUAUGACAUGUUGCCUGUUUUUGUCCCCUGCCACUCACACCAAAGGGGACUUUAGGUUUAUCCUCCGUACGUUUGACCGUACGUAAGUAUUGAAUGUAUUUUUAAGAAACUUGAAAUAUAUCUAGAUUACAGUAAGAGAUCAUGCAUGUCAAUGUUCACUACUCUAGCACCAAAAAUAUUAAAAUUAAUAACCUUGAAUUUAGAAUUUUCAUAAGAAAGGUUUAUUAAGUUUUCUCUAACUUCUUUGUUCCUUAAUGUAUCUACUUAAAACUUCAAGUUUAUCUUCUUUAUAUUCACUUUAAUCAUGUAUUAGAAGAAUCAACGUGUAGCUUGACGAUUUCUGGAAUUAUGACCCAUUGAAAUUUAUUUGAAAAUUGUUGUUUGUUGUUGUUGAUGUUGUUUAAUUUUCUUCUUUGUUACUUUAAAUGUUAUAUAUUUGAAACAUAUUUCUGAUUUCAUUUUUUGCCGUUGUUACUAUAAAUUGUAUCUACUAUAGACAUAAGAUUUUGUUUUUUGUCAUCACACUCGACAUGUAUGAUAAGGUUCAUAAGUCUAGCAUCUUAAUUUCAAGAGCUUUCUCCUCUUUAGUUCAAGAAUUUUGCUUUUGAAAAUGUUAUAUUGUGGUUACAACAAGGCAGGUGUAAAAUUUGCCCUCUGUCUCUUCGUCUGUUCCUAAAAAACUGUUUCCUGAUCACUUUUAAAGAACUCAGAACUUUACUAAACAAAUUACUUAAAAUAGAGAAAAGUUGAAACAUUAUUUAAUCAGUUUCAUCCUUCUGAGAAACUUGGAUAUUUUGUUUAUCUUUUAUAUAAACAUUAUUUCCUUAUUAGGCAGAGAGAGAAACUAAACACAUUACUAUAAUGAUAAAGAUACAAUAAGAACUCUAGUUCAUUCAUGUCACAAUGGCAUAAGCCCUUCAGAAUUGCACUCUUAGGAAAUAUAGAUAAAAAUUUAAAGAUAGUCAGCCAACAGCAGAAAACCUAAGUGGCAAACGUUAUUCACUUUCGGUUCCAGCAAACGGGUGAGGAUUAAAACUAGCAUCACAAGUGUUACACAGAUGUAACUUCAGUACAUGUAGUUCAUAGAAAAUGAGUAUCCAUUGAAAAUGGCAUUCUUUAUGAUUGUCUGCUAAUUUCAAUCUUAUAUAAUGUCCCAACAAAUACAAGAUUUGAGGGUGAGGGGUAAAUGUAGGAAACAUUUUGUCCUGUCGCUGCACGUUCUAAGAACUCAAAUUAUUCAUUUCAAAGGUCACGAAGAAUUUAAACAGGCUAAUAUUAGAACUGUUAAACUUGUUUUAUGACAAAUGCAUGCCCUACUCCUUUACUUCACUUGUUUUUCAGCGCCAUAUGACCUAUAUUUUGUCGAUGUGCAGUUAAAACCAACUAAAACAAAACAAAUCUUCACUGGUUUUGUUUUACUAAAUUUUGACUACUAGUAAGAGACUGUAGUGUUCUAAAUUUGAUGACCUACAAUGUUGCGCUAUGUCUUUUUCCACAUUUUUUUAGCCUAAGGGUUUUGUAUGAAUGAUAUAAUGUCCUCAUUGCCGUCUUGUAACUCUUAGCAACCCCACGUUUUUUUUAUGAUAUAUUGAUUUGCAACUUAUCCGUUUUCCUCUUCGGUAUGACUGACUACCUGUUUCAAUCCUCUAUAUAAAAAAGGCAAAGUAAUUUAUUAGCCUUUGAUUUACAAAAGUGGUACAAUAAUGCCCGUGAAGAAACAUAUCUCUACCAUGAGGGUCAGUUAGUUUU